UCAAAAUAUAACAUAUACGAAAAAAAUCUAAAUUUAAUUUUAUAGCUACUUUGAUUGUUUAAUUUAUUUUAAUAAUAUAAAAAUUAAACAAAAAAUGAUGGAAAAGAUAUAAAUUGUUAUAAAAUCUUUAUGAUUAGAAGCAUUAAUUGUCAUAUAUAUAUAUAUUAAUCAUUUAUGGUAAUUUCGUAAGUUUUAUUUAAGGAAAGAAAAUAAAAUAGUAAUUAUAUCUAGCGGAACAAUCAUAAAUGCUUCUAUCGUAAAUAUCAUAUCAUAUAGUUUGACCAACGAAUGUAUCUAGCAGCAUAUACAAUUCGAAUAUGGACCUACUUGUUUUUCAAUUGAAUGUAAUUGACUACCUAAUUGAGUGACACCUAAGCAUGAAGUCUUUUUUAAUUAAUACAAAAUUGAGAUUAUAAGUUUUCAAAUGUUUCUCCUUUAAUAUAUAAGGGAUUCAAAGCACCAAUUUAUUUUGCAAGUCGCAAGAGACUUCCUAAGCUGGUAAGUUGGCAACGUACAGAUUAAAUAUGAGUAUUAUACAUUUUUUUUUAAUUUAUAAGAUAUGAAAAUAAAAUCAAUUUUUGUUUGGUAUAAUGUACAGUGUAUUGAUUUUAGAUUUACUUAGUUUUUAACCAAAAAUCAUAACACUAUUUUACUUAUUAUAAAUUUGUGUAUUUAACUUUAUAUGGUUUGAAAUCAAAUUCUUUGAAAUAUAAAUCAUCAAUACCAAUGCUCUAGUAUUUUAAAAUAAUAUUCGUUUUUCUUAUUUAACUAUCGAGAUAAAAAUAUCUAUAAUCAUUUAUAAAAGUUAUAAUCAUUAUCUAAAAUAGUAAAUGAUAAGAAAAAAAACUAUUAGCAUUUUUAAUAUUACUGAAUAAAUAGCAUUAAGCAAAAUGAUACAGCCAACCACAAAAUUUUAAACCCAAAUAACUUUUUUGAAUUUUAAAUGUCAAAAAUAUAUCAAUAAAAUCACUUAUAUUUAUAUAUUAACAAUUAUGUUAUAGAGUUUACAUAUAACUAUAAUACGAUAUUUAUAUAUUUUUAAUUUAGUUGUUAUUUCUUCAUUUUGUUGGUUUGAUUGUUUUAUAACCAAACCAUAUACAUAUAUUGUAGUUUCUUAAGCCUAAUAUCCAUACUAUUUAAACAGUAUUAUCAAAAUCAAACUAUAUUAUUUUUCUUUUUGUUGGAUUUAUAUAUUCUCUGUGUGAAAAAACCGUCAUCGGUGACAACUCACGUUUGCACUUGCCAUAGGCACUCAAGCCCUAAGGUAAGCUUAAACUAUCCCCACUACCACUACUAGAAACCCUUCAAAUAAAUCUCUAUAAGUAGAAACCCUCUGAGAUCUCUUCUUUCCUCAUAUACAUUCAUACACACACCACAUUAACUACUUCAACUGCAAUCUCUCUCUCUCUCUCUCCCUUUCUAUUGUCUUUCUAUAUAUAGAAACUAGGUGCAGUAUCUUGUCAUUAUAAUGGCUAAGUUAAGCUUCUCCUUAUGCUUCUUGUUGUUUCUUCUGCUAGCCUCAGUUGCCACCGGAAGCCGCCCUCUUGAGCGGACUCCAGUCGUGGUGAAGGUGAGAGAGUUAAGCACUUCUAUUGAGUGUACAAGCCCAACUGUAGCAGAUGGUCAAGCUUCAGGGGGCAGUGGCAGUCAGGUAAAAACUCCGGAACGUUUAAGCCCAGGAGGAUCGGACCCGGAACAUCAUUAGGGUUUCCUUUAAAAUUGAGAGUUGUUCUCAUUUUCUUCCAGAUGUGUAUUUCUUAUUAUCAAUAAUUUGGUUGCAAUGAAUCUGUUUUUUUCCUUUGUCAUAAGAUACGAAUACGUGUUUGUAAGAUCAUUACAAAGGUAUAACAGUUGUAUUGAUCACACAUAAUACAUUAUUCUAAUUUCCUUAUCGUACGUUAGAUAUUGAAUUUCGCUAUUUUACGUUACAUAUUAUAUAUUUUGUUUUGCUUUGACUGAGAUAAGGACCGUAUCAUUAGUAUCCUUUAUUUUUUGGAACACGUUUUUCUUUUAGCUCUAUUACUUUUUGCCUUUACGAUAUAUAUAACAAUGCAAGGGAGGUUGAUUUAGAUGUUCCUGACUUUGCGCCUUUACAAUAUAUAUAGCAAUGCAAGGUGCGAGCCCGCCUUAUGAUUAUAUCGUGUUUUAUGCUGAUUGUGACUAGCAUGUUGAAAAGCAAAAGUAAAACGAACAAGUAAGUUGUAACUUCUAACAAAAAAAAAAAAUCAAGCAAAUACGUAUUCUUUCUUUGUUUUUAAUCGAAACACAGUAGAAUGGCUUGAAUGUACAAUUUACAUGUGGUCGAUUUAGAUUGUCUGGGCAUAGCAGAUCAUUAAGCCGCAUUUUAAUUGAUGGCGAUUAGCUUAUCAAAGAAAGGAUUAAACAGUUGAAGACAAUGAUUAAAACAAACAAAUUCAAGUUACAUAUCUUAUAUUCACCUCUGGAUUCUUAACUGAUAGGAACCUU